GUAUAUUUCAUUUUUUCAGAUAGGAAUAUUCACUAAACUUAAACUGAAAAAUGACAGCCAUGGUAUUUACUGGUUGUCUUUUUAUUGCGUUUAGUCCUGUCACAGCUAUGAUCCUGUUUACAAUUGUCAGAUUCCCACUUCGGAUUAUAUUGCUGGUCGUGGGAGCAUUUUUUUGGUUACUUUCAUUAUUCGUAUCAUCGCUUGUUUGGCUUGCAGUUGUGCCAUUGAAGGAUGAUCUCGCAUUUGGGCUCUUCGUAAGUGUCAUCUUGCAAGAAGUUUUUCGUUUUGCCAUCUGCAAAAUUAUGAAGAAAGCUGAAUCCGGAUUGCAGCAUGUACUCAGUGAGGAGGAACGAAUAUCCAUAGAAAAAUACAAACUUCCAUAUGUAAUUGGACUCGGAUUUGGGCUUAUGAGUGGAUGCUUUUCAAUUCUAAAUCUUCUUUCACAAUCCCAUGGCCCAGGAAAUGUUGGAAUCCAAGGGAAUGCAGCCAGCUUUUUUCUGGUCUCAGCAUUUUUGACAAACGCCUUCAUACUGCUUAAUACAUUCUGGACUGUCGUGUUUUUUGAUGGAAUGCAAAAGAAAAAAUAUAUGUCCAUGUUGUCUGUAAUUUCAACACAUUUACUUUUGUCAGGUCUUACGUUACUGAAUACAAGGGGAUCUCUGUAUCUUAUUUCCACAGUGUUUUCUUAUGUUAUUGCCUUUUCAAUGAUGAUAUGGUCUUAUAAAAUCGCUGGUGGGUCAAUGAAAAAUAUUGUUGCUUUAUUUAACAGUUGUUGUUGAUGAGUAUUAUAGUUUUAAAAUUAAUUGUUUGUAUUUUUUAUACAGAAUCGGAAUCUAUAUUUCCAUACUAAAUAGCGAUCCUUGGUGUGAAGUAUAACAAUAAAACAUAACAGAUAUUCAUGUGAAGGAGGUACCGGUAGUUAAAAAUGCCUUGUAGUCUGAAAUCUGUGGUCCAGUUUUCAAUUAACUGAUGUUACAUGUACAGUAUAAUAAUAAUGCUUGUGUAAAGCAGUGGUUCUCGAUUUUGGGAUCAAUGGCAGUUCUCAUAACUUGUUAACGUGCAAGUAUUCAGUUUCCAAUGUUAUAUUUUAGUUAUUUCGGGUCAUUCUUCGACUGUUUUGAAAUGUAAUAACUGUAAUACUUGGUUUUUGAAUACUUAUUACUUGUUAUGUUUAUAUAUUUUAUAUAACUACCCCAUUUGUUUAUCAUUUCAAUAAUGCUUAAAUUGGUGAUUUUCUUUUUGCAUUUAUUCAGAUCAUUUUGAAAUUUGAAUUAUCAUAAUUAUCUUCGAAUCCAUAGGCUUGCGAUAAUCUCAUGUAGUUUAAGUAUAGUUAUAUGAAUCAUUGUUUUUGACAUGUUUCAUUGUAUACUUUCUUUCAAAGCCGUGCUUGGAAGUGGAACGUUCAGAUAUGUGGCCUUUUCAACAUUUAAUUUUGCAAGUGUUGCAUGUUUUCAAGAAUGUGUAUGGUGUCAUUUAAUUAUUUUUGCUAAGCUAUAAACAGGGAUGGGAAAUAGUGAAAACUUCACUAUUCUAGAAUUCCUAAAUUGCCUAAUUCCCAUUCCAUUUUAUUCACAGUUAUUCAGCUAGGAAAUAGUAAGAAAUCUUUCACUACAGUGCUAGAAUAAAAUUUGUAAAAGGAAAAAUUGUAAAUGUAUCAGUCAGUGUCUUUGUAUUUACCGUAAAUAAAAUUGUAUUGUUUGAUGCCAGACGGGAGAUGUCCCAGAUUAAUUGAAUUUCAAAAUUUUGACAAUAUUAUUUUGACUGAAAUAUUCUGAAUUGCUUAUAUGUAAUGUAGCCACAAGUAACUUUUUCAUGUUUGACUCCACAUGAACUAUUAACAAAAGCGUAUGCGAAGAAUCAACAUUUUAAUAUUAUAUCUGAACGUUUCAGGUUUACAUGAAAUUAUUCUGAUAUGAUCCCAACUUGUGGUUGAGACUGAUUGGUACUAAAAUCAGACAUGUUAUGUGGUUUAUAUUUUCGUUUUGUAUCAAG